AUGACACCUGAAGAGUGUAAGGACUUCAAAGAACAGAUAUUAAAGGAGAUAGCUCAGCACAAGAUAAAGAUAUACGAGUUCCCGGAGAGCACGGGCGAGGAGGGGGAGGGGGCGGACACAAACCGCGCGCUGCGAGCACGUGUACCCUUCGCUGUGGUGGGGGCGAACACGGUCAUAGAACAAGAUGGACGGAGAAUAAGGGGACGGAAGUACCCCUGGGGUAUAGCUGAAGUGGAGAAUUUGGAGCAUUGUGACUUCCUGGCGCUACGUAAUAUGGUGAUUCGUACACAUCUGCAAGACCUCAAAGAUGUUACUAGCUCAGUCCACUAUGAGAACUACCGAUGCCGCAAACUGGCCGGUCUAAACACACGACGGACAGCCACACGGACUAAACUCCAACAAGAAUCCAUUAGCUCAGAUGGAAGAAGAGAAAAGAGAGCAUGA